UACGUCCUUAGGGAAAGUAUUUAUUUUUAAAGCAGUGAAAAAAAAAAGGGGUCUAGAGAAUGUGUAAGUGAAAUCAACGUGAAAUAGUGACCUGUCACCGCCUAAACUCUUCAAACAAUGAACUUUGUUCACUCAACUACCGGCGAAGAUAUUUCCAAGAAUUAACGCCUGAGUUUUAAUUGACAACGAGAAAGCUUCCCCAGUAUGGAACUCGACCUUGACUCUUUACUUGAGUCACACCUCUCCUCCGAUUCCGGCGACGAUUCAAACUCCGUCCCUCACCGAACCAUCGAUGAAAUCCUCAACGACUCUGAUUCCUCCACGUCCUCCUUCUCACCCUCGUCGCCUACCUCUACUCAUCACCUCCCCGGUAAUCGCGUUGCCCGGUCACAUACUCUUCCGCAAGAUUUCGUGGAAUCCCUGAAGGAAAGUGAUGCCCUUUCACAAGGACCAGCGGAAUCGUCGAAGCCUAGCCCGUUCACACGGAUUGGGGAUCCGGUAUGGAGGGUAUCUUCAUCUUCUUCUUCUUCCUCAAAACAAUUGCCGACUCUGUUUGGCGGAGUGAAAUCAAAUGCGAAACCAGGGGCAGCACUCGCAGCAGCUGCUGCGGCGUCGAGGUCGGUUCCAACGCCACAUGCUGCGGCGAUCAAGUCGAGGAGGGCGGGGAGCGGUGGGGUUCCCCAGAAAGUUAUAGAUAGUGACGAACAUGAGGUGAGCUUACUGAAUUGGGAAUCAGUUGGGGUUAGCUCGGAAUCAAGCGUUUCGGGUGAAAAAUUAGAUAUUGAUGACUAUAAUAAUGAUAAUAAAAUGGGCGAUUUUCAAUCUGCUGAUGCCCAUGAAAAUGGUGAGGCUAUUGAUAAAAAAGAUAAAGAAAGUGAAACGGAUAAGGUAAUUGAACGAGUGGAUGGCUCUUCUAAGCGUGACUUUGAUGAGAACUUGAAUAAAGAAGUUACAGUUUUGGGUUCGGAUGAAGUCUUAGCUAAAGAAAUUGCCCCUGUUUCCGUGUAUGAGAAUUCUGUGGUUCUUGAUGCUAAUGAUUCAUAUCAAAAGAGCGUUUCGUCUUUGCCUGACAUUGAUCAGGAGAGAAAUAUAGAUAAGGACUUACAGAUUGUGGAUUGGGAAAGAGAGAAUGUAGCGAAUGAUAUUCCUAGUCUUGAAGAUGGUGAGGAACGUGUGUCUGGUGGUGCUGAUGGUGCGGAUGGUGAUGAUGCAAUUUCAAUAAGUGAUAUUUCAGAGCUUGUAGAGGAGAGAUUGGAGCAACUAGAGAGUGAGAGGAUAAGUAGAAGGGUGGAGAAGAAUUCACGUGCUACAAUGAAGCCACUUGAAUUGGCGGAGGAGCUUGAGAAGAAGCAGGCUUCUACCGGCUUGCAUUGGGAGGAGGGUGCAGCUGCUCAACCAAUGCGGCUUGAGGGUGUUAAGAGGGGUUCAACCACAUUGGGAUACUUUGAUGUUGAGGUUAACAAUGCAAUCUCUCGGACUCUUUCAUCACAGGCAUUCAGGCGUGAUCAUGGCUCCCCUCAAGUUUUGGCAGUUCAUCUGAAUUUUGUUGCUGUGGGCAUGACUAAAGGAGUCAUCAUCCUAGUGCCCAGUAAAUACUCAGCUCAUCAUGCUGACAGCAUGGACUCUAAGAUGGUGAUACUUGGUUUGCAAGGGGAUCGUUCCCUAGCCCCUGUAACAUCCAUAUGCUUCAAUCAGCCAGGAGACCUGCUCUUAGCUGGCUAUGGUGAUGGUCAUGUUACAGUUUGGGAUGUUCAGAGGGCAUCAGCAGUAAAAGUUAUUACUGGAGAACAUUCUGCACCAGUGAUACAUACUUUAUUUCUGGGGCAGGAUUCUCAAGUAACUCGCCAAUUUAAAGCAGUGACUGGGGAUAGUAAAGGCUUGGUCCUCUUACAUGCUUUCUCAGUUGUUCCCUUGCUUAAUAGGUUCUCCAGCAAAACACAGUGUCUUCUUGAUGGACAAAGAACGGGCACUGUAUUGUCAGCUUCCCCCCUUCUUUUUGACGAUUCAUGUGGGAGCACUUUGGUAACCUCUCAAGGGAAUACUACAUUUUCUACUAGCAGUAUUGGUAGCAAGGUGGGAGGUGUAGUUGGGGGAGAUGCAGGUUGGAAACUCUUUGCUGAAGGCUCCUCUAUGGUUGAAGAAGGUGUGGUCAUAUUUGUCACCUAUCAAACUGCUCUGGUGGUAAGGCUUACUCCAACAUUAGAAGUCUAUGCACAACUUUCAAGGCCAGAUGGUGUACGGGAGGGUUCCAUGCCUUACACUGCAUGGACAUGUAUGACCCAGCCUUGUGGUUCUUCAUCAGAAAAUGCACCAACAGAAACAGCAGAAAGAGUUUCGCUACUUGCACUUGCAUGGGAUCGGAAAGUUCAGGUUGCAAAGUUGGUCAAAUCAGACCUGAAAGUGUAUGGGAAAUGGUCUCUUGACAGUUCAGCCAUAGGUGUGGCUUGGUUGGAUGAUCAUAUGAUGGUGGUUCUUACAAUGACAGGACAGCUCUACUUGUUUGCUAGGGAUGGAACUGUGAUUCACCAAACUGCUUUCACUGUAGAUGGUUUGGGAGGAGAUGAUCUCAUUGCAUAUCAUACUCACUUCAUUAAUGUCUUUGGAAACCCUGAAAAAGCUUAUCAUAAUUGUGUGACUGUGAGAGGAGCUUCCGUAUAUAUACUGGGACCUAUGCACCUUGCUGUCUGCCGACUUCUUCCAUGGAAGGAACGGAUUCAGGUUCUACGGAAAGCCGGUGACUGGAUGGGAGCUUUGAAUAUGGCAAUGACACUUUAUGAUGGUCAAGCCCAUGGUGUUAUUGACCUUCCUAGAAACCUGAAUGCGGUGCAGGAGGCCAUAAUGCCCUAUCUUGUAGAGUUGCUUUUGUCAUAUGUAGAUGAAGUGUUUUCCUAUAUUUCAGUUGCAUUUUGUAACCAAAUUGGUAAAAAGGAGCAGCCAGAUGACCCGGAAAGUAGAAGCAGUUCUGUGCACUCUGAAAUAAAAGAGCAAUUCACCCGUGUUGGUGGUGUUGCUGUUGAAUUUUGUGUCCAUAUUAAGAGAACUGACAUUCUUUUUGAUGAAAUUUUCUCCAAAUUUGUGGCUAUUCAGCAAAGAGAUACAUUUUUAGAGCUUUUGGAGCCAUACAUACUGAAGGAUAUGCUUGGAUGUUUGCCUCCUGAGAUAAUGCAAGCACUGGUAGAGCAUUACAGCAGCAAAGGAUGGUUGCAGCGAGUGGAACAGUGUGUUCUUCACAUGGAUAUUUCUUCUUUGGACUUCAAUCAGGUUGUCAUUUUAUGCCGGGAGCAUGGUUUGUAUGGUGCUCUGGUGUAUCUUUUCAACAAAGGAUUAGAUGAUUACAGGGCACCUUUAGAGGAGUUGUUGGUAGUUUUACGAAAUAGUCAAAGAGAAAGUGCUUCUGGCCUUGGGUACAGGAUGCUUGUUUACUUGAAGUACUGCUUUACAGGUCUUGCUUUUCCACCAGGACAUGGUACUCUUCCACCGUCACGCUUGUCGUCUCUUAGGACAGAACUUCUGCAGUUUUUGUUAGAGGUUUCUGAUGGCCAUAAUCGAAAAUCAGCUUCAAGGUUGGCUUUUGAAGGGGCAUACCUUAACAUGUAUUAUCUCUUAGAGUUAGAUACUGAGGCUACUUUAGAUGUUCUCAAAUGUGCUUUCAUAGAAGACAAAUUCCCCGAACCAGACUCUUUUUCUGAGCCUGGCAAUGCAAAUGCAGAAGCUAAAAAGGAAAAAGAUUUGAUGGCUGAAUCCGAAAUUAUGUUGGUUCAGAAUACCAUCAACGCACUAGUUCAUGUUCUUGAUAAGAAUGUCUCUCGAACAGAUGGGCUUGCAACCAGUGAUAAUGCUGAAUCGAUAGAAGCAUGGCCUUCAAAAAAGGACAUGGGAUAUCUGUUUGAGUUCAUUGCAUACUACGUUGCAUGUGGAAGAGCUAAAAUCUCAAAAACUGUUCUAAACCAGAUUUUGGAAUUCUUGACUUUAGAAAAUAAUGGUCCACAAAGUGUUUCAACCAUUAGCACCGAAACACCAAAAAGAAGAGAGAAGCAAUUGCUUGCACUCUUAGAGGUAGUGCCAGAGACUGAUUGGAAUCAAUCUUAUGUGUUACAACUAUGUGAGAAUGCACUCUUUUACCAGGUUUGUGGCUUAAUUCAUGCCAUUAGACAUCAGUAUCUUGCUGCUCUCGAUAGCUAUAUGAAGGAUGUGGAGGAGCCAAUUCAUGCCUUCGCUUUUAUCAACAAUACGUUAAUGAAGCUGAGUGAUGGAGAUUAUACCACUUUUCGAUCAGCAGUCAUCUCUCGAAUUCCAGAGCUGGUCAAUUUAAGUAGAGAGGGUACAUUCUUCUUAGUUAUUGACCACUUUAAUGAUGAAAGUUCGCAUAUCCUAACUGAACUUAACUCUCAUCCAAAUAGUCUUUUCCUUUACUUAAAGACGGUCAUCGAGGUUCACUUAUCAGGCACCCUUAACUUCUCUUAUUUAAGAGAAGAAAAGAUUGUAGAUGUCUUUAGUGGAAGAAAGGGGAAAGAUCCGUCAAAAGAACUUGAAGCAUACUUGGAAAGAAUGUCUAAUUUCCCUAAGUUCUUGCGAAGUAAUCCUCUUCAUGUAACUGAUGAUAUGAUUGAGCUUUAUCUGGAGUUAUUAUGUCAGUUUGAACGGGAUUCAGUUCUCAAGUUCUUGGAAACUUUUGAUAGCUAUCGAGUUGAACACUGUCUACGCCUGUGCCAGGAAUAUGGAAUAAUAGAUGCAGCUGCAUUUUUAUUAGAAAGGGUUGGUGAUGUUGGUAGUGCUCUUUUGCUGACUCUUUCUGGUCUUAAUGAUAAAUUUACAGAGCUUGAUACUGCUGUCGGAAGUGUGGUCUCUAAGAUGUCUUUAGGUAGAUCUGCUAGCAUGGAGCAUUUCAACUCUGCUUUAAAAAUGAAGGAGGUGAAUGAUAUACGCAAUAUAUUGCAUGCCUGUAUUGAAUUGUGCCAACGGAAUACCCCUCGUUUGAAUCCGGAAGAGUCUGAGAUGCUUUGGUUUAGAUUACUUGACUCAUUUUGUGAACCUUUGAUGGGUUCAUACUGCGAUGAAAGCGUAUCUGAGAAGGAAAAUCCUGUGGGAAUGCUGAUUGAGUCAUUGGGUUCUCAAGAGGAAGAGGAAUGCAUAAUCAAGUGGAGGAUCCCAAAAUCUCACAAAAGUGGUAACAUAUUGAGGAAAUUGUUCUCUCAAUUCAUCAAAGAGAUUGUUGAGGGAAUGAUAGGAUAUGUUCGUCUUCCAACUAUCAUGUCAAAACUCCUAUCUGAUAAUGGUAGCCAGGAAUUUGGAGAUUUUAAGCUUACCAUAUUGGGAAUGCUGGGAACUUAUGGCUUUGAAAGAAGAAUUCUGGAUACUGCCAAAUCUUUGAUCGAGGAUGACACAUUUUAUACCAUGAGCUUACUGAAGAAGGGAGCUUCUCAUGGAUAUGCUCCUCGAAGUUUACUAUGUUGUAUAUGCAACAGCCUUCUUACCAAGAAUUCUUCUAGCUUUCGUGUUCGAGUUUUCAGUUGUGGUCAUGCAACGCAUCUUCAAUGUGAGCUUCUGGAAAAUGAGGCAUCAACUAGAGGCUUCUCAUCUGGAUGCCCCAUUUGUUUGCCUAAGAAGAAUACUCAGAAGUCUAGAAAUAAAUCUGCACUUACAGAGAAUGGUUUAGUUAGUUCAUUGCCCUCAAGACCUCUACCAGCCCAAGGAUCAACGUUAUACCCUCACGAAAAUGAUGCACUAGAUAAUUCUUAUGGCCUUCAGCAAAUAUCAAGGUUUGAAAUUUUAAGUAACCUUCAAAAAGACCAGAGAUUAGGCCAGAUAGAAAAUUUACCUCAGUUGAGGCUUGCACCGCCAGCUAUUUAUCAUGAAAAAGUGAAGAAGGGAAGUGAACUGUUAGCAGGAGAAAGCAGCAGUAAUGUUGGUGCAAUAGAAAAACCAAGUAAAAGCAGGCAACUGAAGGAGCUAAAGUUAAAGGGAUCAUCUCUCAGAUUCCCACUAAAAUCAAGUAUAUUUGGUAAGGAGAAAAUAAGCAAAUGAUAGGAGAAUUGGCAUGUAUAGACUGACGAUCCUAGAGAUGAACUUCCUCUGAGGCUGUUGUAUAGCUAUUGAAAAAAUACGUCAAUUAAAUCCAUGAUGAUUUGAGGUUUUGAUUAGUCAAAUUUGUUCCCUGUUUCUUCCCACCCUCGUAUUUGAUUUGUGUCAAAUAUGAAGAUUGUUGUCAUUGUUAAAUUGUACUUUGUAAAUAUGAUAAUUUAAAAAAAAAUGAUAUUUCUGAUCUGGAAAUUAAAAACUUUGAUUGAAAAAGACAUGGACCGCAUCAACUGCCUUUAUGCCGGGUUGGAGGUUGAAAUUCAGCGCUGAGUACAUACGGCCUUAUCAAGUUGAAGCCCAUAUCCUAAACAUGAUGAAAUUUGGCCUUUAACAGAAGGGAGCAAGAUUUUUUAUCCAAGGCCACUUGAAUUUGGAUUCUAUUACAGCAGGGUACUUUCUUUUUGUUUGUCAAGCCGAAACCAAAUUUGGCUCUUUUCACAUCGUUUUCUAUUUUGGGUAGGUAAUAGGUACUAUUAAUCACUUGUAACUUUAAAUAAAAUGAUCCCAAAAUGAAAAGGAUCAAAAGCUAAACUUAAACCUAUCCAAA